UGUGGUGUGUGUGCGUGUGUGUGUGUGUGUGUGUGUGUGUGUGUGUCCGUCGCAUUUUGGCGCCAUCUGGUUCAAACGAGAAACGCCAACGUACGCGCCUUACUGACUUGUUUAUUCCUCGAGUUCGCCUUUUUGAAACGUGCGCUCCACGAUGGCCCAUAAGGCGUCUGUCCGAGUGUGCUUGCUGAUCCCUGUCCUCGUCGACAGCGUCUUCGGCACGACCGCAGCGGCGGAUAUCAACCCUCAGUAGGCGGACGCCGUGCUCCUGCAGCUCGGCACGGACGCCACGAGCUUCGACCUCGCCUCGACCUCGAGGGCGUGUCUACAGCGACUUCCUUGGUGCUCCACGUGAACACCAGCCAGCAGAAGGGACGACGCCAAGUCGAGGCGGCUGACCACAUGGUGAAUUGGGUUUUUUGGGGCCAGGUGGGGCAGGACAUCAACGGCGAAGCCUCAGGCGAUCACGCUGGCAUGUCGGUGUCGCUGAGCAGCGACGGCGGCCGCGUGGCCAUUGGAGCGACCUACAACGACGGUGCUGGGUCAAAUUCAGGUCACGUUCGCGUCUUCGGGCUCUCGGGAAACACAUGGAGCCAGUUGGGGCAUGACAUCAAUGGCGAAACCUCAGGCGAUCUCAGUGGCGGGUCGGUGUCGCUGAGCAGCGACGGCAGCCGCGUGGCCAUUGGAGCGAGAUUCAACGACGGUGCUGGGUCAGAUUCAGGUCACGUUCGCGUCUUCGGGCUCUCGGGCAACACAUGGAGCCAGUUGGGGCAGGACAUCAAUGGCGAAGCCCCUUCUGAUUACAGUGGCGGGUCGGUGUCGCUGAGCAGCGACGGCAGCCGCGUGGCCAUUGGAGCGAGAUUCAACGACGGUGCUGGGUCAAAGUCAGGUCACGUUCGCGUCUUCGGGCUCUCGGGAAACACAUGGAGCCAGUUGGGGCAGGACAUCAAUGGCGAAGCCCUUACAGUGGCGGGUCGGUGUCGCUGAGCAGCGACGGCAGCCGCGUGGCCAUUGGAGCGACCUACAACGACGGUGCUGGGUCAAAUUCAGGUCACGUUCGCGUCUUCGGGCUCUCGGGAAACACAUGGAGCCAGUUGGGGCAGGACAUCGUUGGCGAAACCUACGGCGAUCUCAGUGGCGGGUCGGUGUCGCUGAGCAGCGACGGCAGCCGCGUGGCCAUUGGAGCGAGAUUCAACGACGGUGCUGGGUCAAAUUCAGGUCACGUUCGCGUCUUCGGGCUCUCGGGCAACACAUGGAGCCAGUUGGGGCAGGACAUCGAUGGCGAAGCCUCAGGCGAUCUGAGUGGCACGUCGGUGUCGCUGAGCAGCGACGGCAGCCGCGUGGCCAUUGGAGCGAUCUACAACGACGGUGCUGGGUCAAAUUCAGGUCACGUUCGCGUCUUCGGGACCGAGGCACCGACGCCGGUGCCUUCGCCAGCGCCGUCGCCCGCACCAUCGGCUUCGCCAGCGCCAGCACCGACGCCCGCGUCGACGUCGGCACCGAUCUCAGCACCAACAUCGGCGCCGACGCCUGCCCCUACGCCAGCCCGUACGCCUGCAGCGACUGCUGCUGCAGUCGGGGAUCCCCACCUGGUAAAUGUGUACGGGGAGCGCUUUGAUCUCCUUAAGGUCGGCAAACACUUGCUGGUCGAGGUCCCACAGUUUGCAGCGGAGAGCGCGACGUUCCUGGCCGUCGCGGCCGUGGCACAGCGUUUUGGCGACGCCUGCUCGGACGUUUACUUUGUGUCUCUCAAUGUAACCGGCAAGUGGGCGGACGGCGUGCGCGAGGGCGGCUUCCAUUACACAGCCAAGCAGCCGCAGGCCCACAGAAAAGGAACGGGCUGGCUGAGCUUCCACACCAUUCAAUUGAAGACCGUAUGGGGCCGUACUGGCGGAGGCAUUUCCUACCUGAAUCUGUUUGUCAAGAACUUGGGCAAGUCGGGGUAUCCAGUCGGCGGUUUGCUCGGCGGUGGGGACCACUCGUCUGUGACCAAGCCCGUUUUGCGCUGCAAGCGCGAACUGGUCCUAUAGAUGGUCUUCGUUUCACAAAUUACUUGCUAUGGGGCCGUGAGGAUUGCCACGGCCUCUGUUUGACACCUCAUCGGUGAGAGGUGUGAGGAAAUGACUCAUCCUCGUGGUUCUGGUCCUCGUCUUCGCCCCAGUCCGCGCCUCCCUGUCUCUGUAAGCUCCCCCCCUCUCCAUCGGUACCCCCCC